AUGUUUGACUGCAUGGACGUGCUGGCCGUCAGUCCCGGGCAGAUGCUGGACUUCUACACAUCCAGCUCGUCUUCGUGCAUGCUGCAGGAGAAAGCUCUGAAAGCCUGCAUCAGUGGACUGACGCACAGAGAGUGGCAGCACCGGCGGAACGCGCACUCCAUAGAAACGCAGAGCACCAGUUCUGAGGAGCUUGUCCCCAGCCCACCGUCUCCGCCACCCCCUCCCAGAGUCUACAAGCCCUGUUUCGUCUGCCAGGACAAAUCCUCGGGAUACCACUAUGGCGUCAGUGCAUGUGAGGGUUGCAAGGGCUUUUUCCGCCGAAGCAUCCAGAAGAACAUGGUGUACACGUGCCACCGGGACAAGAACUGCAUUAUCAACAAGGUGACAAGGAACCGCUGUCAGUACUGCCGUUUGCAGAGGUGCUUCACGGUGGGAAUGUCCAAAGAGUCUGUUCGCAAUGACCGAAAUAAGAAGAAGAGGGAGAGCCCAAAGCCAGAAUUGCCGGAGAGUUACGAGCUGACAGCUGAGCUGGAGACUAUUAUUGAAAAGAUCCGUAAGGCCCAUCAAGAAACGUUCCCCUCCCUCUGCCAACUUGGUAAAUACACCACGAACUCAAGUGCAGACCAUCGUGUAAGACUGGACCUGGGCCUGUGGGACAAGUUUAGCGAGCUGGCCACUAAGUGCAUUAUCAAGAUUGUGGAGUUUGCCAAACGAGUGCCUGGCUUCACGGGGCUGACCAUAGCCGAUCAGAUCACACUCCUGAAAGCUGCCUGCCUGGACAUUCUGAUCCUGCGCAUCUGUACGAGGUACACGCCGGACAAGGACACAAUGACCUUUUCAGAUGGACUAACCCUCAACCGGACACAGAUGCACAAUGCUGGCUUCGGCCCGCUCACUGAUUUGGUGUUCACGUUUGCCAAGCAGCUUCUCCCCAUCGAAAUGGACGACACGGAGACGGGCCUCCUCAGCGCCAUCUGCCUCAUCUCUGGAGACCGUCAGGAUCUGGAGGAACCCUCCAAGGUGGACAAGCUGCAGGAGCCGCUGCUGGAAGCUCUGAAGAUCUAUGUGAGGAAGCGUCGGCCCAGCAAACCUCACAUGUUCCCGAAAACCCUGAUGAAGAUCACAGAUCUGCGCAGCAUCAGUGCUAAAGGAGCCGAGCGGGUCAUUUCUCUGAAGAUGGAGAUUCCUGGCUCGAUGCCGCCUCUCAUUCAGGAGAUGCUGGAGAACUCAGAGGGCCAGGACGGCCAGAGCAGCAGCAGCACUUCCGCAGAGGCUGCAGGAAGCCCCGGCAGCCCCGCCGAGGAAACCGCAGAGUCCCUGGACAAUGAAGGAGAAACAGCUCCGCUGUCCAGCGACGAGCCCUAAGAGGUGCCCAAAGGUGCCUCGGAAACUCUCUGACCUUUAUUUGCACAAAAAAGAACAGCUGACAAAGCGCUCGCUCCCUAUAACUCCCUUACUCCCUCCUUUUGCUUGGUAUGAUGUUAACUUUAAAUCUUCAUUCUAUUUUCCUGUUCAGUUCACUCAAAGUUUUUUGACAACGUGGAGGCCUCAAAGGAUCAGUGCUUUGUGUAUACGUUAACUUGAGUUCCUAUUUGGUGUGCUGUCUCUGGGACCAGGACUAUGAAAAGACAACCGCCAGAGAUGAUACCUCUCAGGUCUCCUGUGUAAAAUUUAAUCUGCAUGACGGGAGUUUGCUAAGUGGUUUCGCUUUCUCUCUCUCAGUUUCU